GAAAGACCCUAACGGUUGUUAAGCCCUCUCGCCCCGAGACCCACAAGCAACCCGCUCCCGCGUCGCCGCCGCCGCCUCCGCAGCGCCUUCCCCGGCAGAAGCCCCAGCGCCCCACCCUCCAUGGCGAAGAAGAGGAAGCGCAGCUCCGAUGCUCCCGCGCCCGCCUCCGUAGAGAAGCCCGACGACUCUGCGCCGGAGCGGCCGGAGCGCACCCUCUUCGGCUUCAAGGACCAGCCGGACUCCGCCGCCGAGCCUGCUUCCAAGGACGCGGGGCCCUUCUUCCGGAACAAGGAAAAGGUGCUCAUUACGUGCUCCCGCCGCAUCAUCUACAGGUACCGGCACCUGAUGCAGAACGUGGUGUCGCUGCUGCCGCACGCCAAGAAGGACAGCAAGGUCGAGUCCAAGCAGAGCAAGUGCAGCGCGCUCAACGAGCUGGUCGAGCUCAGGAGCUGCUCCAGCUGCCUCUUUUUCGAGUGCAGAAAACAGAAAGAUCUUUACCUUUGGAUGGUCAAGUCUCCCGCAGGGCCAUCAGUGAAAUUUCUAGUCAAUGCUGUUCACACUAUGGAGGAACUCAAGCUCACGGGUAACCAUCUGAAAGGGUCACGUCCUCUGCUAACAUUUUCUUCAAAUUUCGACCAGCAACCUCACUGGAAACUCUUGAAGGAAAUGAUAACUCAAAUUUUUGCUACUCCAAAAGAUCAUCGGAAGGCAAAACCUUUUCAUGAUCAUGUGUUUGUCUUCUCCAUUGUGGAUGACCACAUUUGGUUCAGAAAUUACCAGAUUUCUGUACCCCACAAUGAGAUUGAUAAAGUUGAUAAAGGAGGCCUAGAUAAAAUGACACUUGUUGAGGUUGGCCCCAGAUUCUGUUUGAAUCCAAUUAAAAUAUUUGGUGGUAGUUUUGGUGGCCCCACAUUGUAUGAGAACCCAUUCUAUGUGUCUCCCAAUCAGAUCCGCGCUCUAGAGAAGAGGAAGAAGGCAGGCAAGUACGCCAAGAAAGUGAAGGCCAAGGUGAGGAGGAAGAUGCACGAGAUGGAGAACACCCUGGAGCCCGAUGAAUUUGCUGAUCUUUGGAAAGGGGAAGACUAGAGCGGACGCAGCAGCGACUGUACCAAUGAGGUUGUCUUGAACUACUCAUGCUGGCAAUGACCAAGCAGUGAAUUUUGCUUGAUAUUCUGUGGUGGUUCUUGUAUGACAAAGCAUGUGUUUUAUUACUAUAAUGAACAACUGGAUUUCGGCCAUGCCUGUAUCCAUAUUGCCAGUAUAUGCUACCUCAGUACCUUGCUACCGGCUGUGUGUUUCACCUUACCUUGUGCCUGAUAUAAUUGCAAGCAACUCAGUUUUUA